AUGAGGCUCCAUGCUGGUGCUGUCACCUUCGCGCUACUCGGCACCACAACCUCCGCAGAAGUCCUGCUCUACAAACCCACCGGCCCCUACUACGUCACGCAGAACCAGCAUGUCCUCAACCACACGACGCCAGACGACUUCACGGCGCCGGACGGCAGCGGCGUUGGGAAGACGAUGCUCGUAACGACCUACGGCCCGACGCUCUCGGUCCCGCAGCGCACCCGUCCGUGGGUCGACGCCACCAACGCCGACAUCUGGGGCACCGCUCUGGGCAUCCCGCCAUCAUUACUCUCCUCCCUCGUCACCGAGCUCCAAUGGCAAGCCCCCAGCCUCUCCAGCUCCACCAACCCCGGCACCUGCCCGGCGCCCGCACCACCACUCACCCCCCACCGCCCCGCCAUCCUCUUCCUGCCCGGCGCCGGCAUGCCCUGCUUCGCCUACACAGCCUACCUCUCCGAACUCGCGUCCUGGGGCUACACCGUCUACGCCAUCGACCACCCAGGGGAGCCACCCUAUCUCGAAUUCCUGGACGGCAGUGGCGGCGCCCGCAGCGCUUUCCCGCCGCUGGCGAAUUGGACGUUCCCGCAGUUCGAGCAGAUCUACGCGCACCGCGUGGCCGAUGCCGCGGCGCUGCUGCGGCGGGGGCCGGAGUGCUUGCGGAGCUUGGUCGAGCAGCAGUCGUCGUCCGAGCAGUUCGCGGAGGCCGAGCAGGCCGAGCAGCAGCAGCAGUCCGCGCAGCACUACUACUCCCUCAGCGGCGACGGCGACAACGGGCAUGCCGACCCCUCCACCUUCUUCGUCUUCGGCCACAGCAUCGGCGGCGCCGCCUCCGCCGGCAUCAUGGCCCAACAAUCCUCCUCCUCCCCCUCCUCCACCACCUCAGACCCCUCCCUCCCCCCGCUCCUCGCCGGCGCCAACAUCGACGGCUGGUUCUUCUUCGACAUCUGGGACCUCCACGGCAACGGCUCCGCCUCCACCAAGCCCUACCCAGACCUCUCCCCUCGCCCCUUCCUCGAAAUAGCCGGCCAGCACGACCCGCCCGGGCCGGACGCGACGUGGACGAACUUCAGCGCGGCGCAGAGCGGGUGGCUGCGCGACGUCGGCGUGCGCGGCGCGGCGCACUUUGAUUUUAGCGAUUUGCCGUUGUUGGUGGAUGCGUUGGGGUUGAGGGAGAGGAUGCCGCCGGACAGCGGGCUGUUGGGCGGGAUUAAGGGCGGGAGGAUGGUGGAGGUGGUGAUGGGGUUGGUGAGGGCGUUUGUGGGGGGGAUUGAGGGGGGGAAGGGGAAGGGGGGGCUGGGGGCGGUGGAUCGGGUGCAGCGGGGGUUUGCGGAGACGUGGGUGCGGGAGGCGAAGGAUGGUGGUGGUGGUGGUAGUGGGUGA